GUUAAAAAGACUGCUAGAGCAACUGGUUUCCUGAAGACACAGGAAGGUGGGAAUGCAAUUUGUGGUCGUUCCAAUAAGAAAAUCAAAAGUUUGCCAGGUGUGGUGGCUCACGCCUAUAAUCCCAGCACUUUGGGAGGCGGAGGUGGGCAGAUCACCUGAGGUCAGGAGUUCGAGACCAGCUUGGCCAAUAUGGCAAAAACUCAUCUCUACUAAAAAUACAAAAAUUAGCCAGGCAUGGUUGCGGGCACUUGUAAACCCAGCUACUUGGCAGGCUGAGGCAGGAGAAUCGCUUGAACCUAGGAGACGGAGGUUGCAGUGAGCCGAGAUCGCGCCAUAGCACUCCAGCCUGGGCGACAGAGUAAAACCCCGUCUCAAAAAAAAAAAAAGAAAAAGAAAAAUCAAAAGUCAGUAACGGCACAUGCAGUUACUUAACCUUCCCCCUUGUGUCUGAUUUUUCCCUGCCUGAGACGUGGCGCUGAGCUUUCCUGCGUCUGAGGUUCCCAGUGUGCAUUGCGCGGCGCUUGGCGGGAAAGAUGACCUUGACCAGACGUCGAAAAGCCACUGUCGCGCCCCAGCGGGUGACCGUUGAAGGAAGGCGCAUGCGCGUUGGGCAGAGCGCGUGCAGCCUCGUGCAGCUCGUCUGCUCUCCGGCGUCCGUGCCUCACACGUAAUGUUGAAUUAAAGAAAAUACUCUAUCAGAAGAAGAUGGCCACCGCCCAGUUGCAGAGGACUUCCAUGAGUGCACUGGUAUUUCCCAAUAAGAUAUCAACUGAACACCAGUCUUUGGUGUUAGUGAAGAGGCUCCUAGCAGUUUCAGUAUCCUGUAUCACGUAUUUGAGAGGAAUAUUUCCAGAAUGCGCUUAUGGAACAAGAUAUCUAGAUGAUCUUUGUGUCAAAAUACUGAGAGAAGAUAAAAAUUGCCCAGGAUCUACACAGUUAGUGAAAUGGAUGCUAGGAUGUUAUGAUGCUUUACAGAAAAAAUAUCUAAGGAUGGUUGUUCUAGCUGUAUACACAAACCCAGAAGAUCCUCAGACAAUUUCAGAAUGUUACCAAUUCAAAUUCAAAUACACCAAUAAUGGACCACUCAUGGACUUCGUAAGUAAAAACCAAAGCAGCAGAUCUAGCAUGUCAUCUACUGACACCAAGAAAGCAAGCAUUCUCCUCAUUCGCAAGAUUUAUGUCCUAAUGCAAAAUCUGGGGCCUUUACCUAAUGAUGUUUGUUUGACCAUGAAACUUUUUUACUACGAUGAAGUUACACCCCCAGAUUAUCAGCCUCCUGGUUUUAAGGAUGGUGAUUGUGAAGGAGUUAUAUUUGAAGGGGAGCCUAUGUAUUUAAAUGUGGGAGAAGUCUCAACACCUUUUCACACCUUCAAAGUAAAAGUGACCACCGAGAGAGAAAGAAUGGAAAAUGUUGAUUCAAGUAUACUAUCACCAAAACAAAUAAAAACACCAUUUCCAAAAAUCCUGAGAGACAAAGAUGUAGAAGAUGAACAGGAGCAUUAUAGAAAUGAUGAUUUGGACACUGAAACUAAAAUGGAAGAGCAGGAAAAAGUCCCUGGAUCGUCUGAACUUGGAGAACCAAGUUUAGUUUGUGAGGAAGAUGAAAUUAUGAGGUCUAAACAAAGUUCAGAUCUUUCCAUUUCUCAUUCUCAGGUUGAGCAGUUAGUCAAUAAAACAUCUGAACUUGAUAUGUCUGAAGGCAAAACGAGAAGUGGAAAAGUCUUUCAGAAUAAAAUGGCAAAUGGAAAUCCACCAGUAAAAUCUUCCAGAGAAAAUCGGAAGAGAAGUCACCAUGAAUCUGGGAGAAUAGUCCUCCAUCACUUUGAUUCUAGUCAAGAGUCAGUAUCAAAAAGGAGGAAGUUUAGUGAACCAAAGGAACAUAUAUAAAAAUUGUUUUUCUUCUGUAUGUUUGCAAAGUUCUUCUCAACAUUUAAACUGAAGGAUACUAUAUUAUAUUUCCCUAACUCUGAAAACGUAUAUGUAGUUUAAAGCAGUUUGUACACUAAAAUUAAGUUCUUGACUAUCAUAUUGUGGUCCUUAAUCUUAAUCUGUUGAGAUAAAUCCAACAGAACUUUUGAAUAAAAGCAAAAGUACGAAUGUCAUAAUUGAUUCUGUAAUAAGUAAAAUUUAAAAAUUGAUUUUGUUCAUUAUCUGCUUAAUAUUUUCUUUAAAUAUAUACUGACUGUUAAGGCCCUCUAAUCAUUUUUCUAAACAAGUAAUGCUUACUUUGGUAUUAAGAUUUGGUAUGGAUUCACUUUUUACUUAUGUUAAAAUUAUACCAUUUAACUAACUCUUUUGUCAUGGUGUUAUUAAAACAAUGUUCUUCAAUAUUUUGAUAUAAUGUAUUAACAUUAUAAUAUAUAAUGUACAAUUU